ACAACUAAGUCGACGUUCAGUGCUAGCGGCGGCGGCGACUGCGAGAGAGACGGAGCACUUCUUCUAACACAACAUUUCUUAAAAAGAACACGAGCGUCCAGGACCUCCGAGCUAUUUUCCACGUUCAGACGCCCCUCCUCCCCAUUUCCAAGAUGUGUUCAGAGGUGCAGAGUGCGCAGGACUACAUGAGGGAUCCCAGGAAACAUUACUUCUCUCCGUACAUGGACAAUGGAGGAACCACCGUAGCUAUUGCAGGAGAGGAUUUCGUCAUGGUUGCCAGUGAUACACGACUGUCCCGAGGAUUUAACAUUCUCUCGCGUGAACAAGGCAAAGUGUUUAACUUGACUCCCAAGACAAUGUUGGCUUCUACUGGCUGUUGGGCAGAUGUCCUCACUCUCAACAAAGUAUUACAAGCAAGACUUAUGAUGUACUCUCAUGAACACCAUGAUACAAUGUCUACCACGGCUGUUGCACAGUUGCUGUCAACGAUGUUAUAUUGGAGGAGGUUCUUCCCAUAUUAUGUAUCCAACAUGCUUGUAGGAUUAGAUGAAAGUGGUAAGGGAGUUGUUUAUCACUAUGAUCCAGUCGGCCAUAUGGAAAAGCUGACUUUCAGUGCUGCAGGAGCAUCUGUGUCCCUCAUUCAGCCUUUCCUGGACAAUCAAGUUGGUGCCUUUAACAUGGAGGGUGUGGAUCCUCCUAAAAUGACCAAGGAACUUGCUCGCCAGCUGAUUCACGAUUCCUUUGUGUCUGCUGCUGAGCGUGACAUUAAUACAGGAGAUGGCAUCAUCAUUUACACCAUAACUAAGGAUGGAACUGCAGAAGAAAAAAUAAAGUUGCGCAUGGACUAGAUGUAUAGAGCCUUGUUAAUUUUCACAGAAACCUUAAAUUGCAUUUGGAUUGUGUGUGGAAUCGCAUUAUUUUCCAAAGCCGUAAUUACUUUAUUAGCUGAAUGCAAUGUAUUAUUCAUGUCAUUUAAAGUGAAGCAUGUUUAUUUCUUUACAUGGAUGUAGGUUUCAAACAUUUUGAAUAAAAAUU